AUGAAGUCUGAAUCUGUGACAUUGACAUGCGCCGGUCUUGCGACAUCUAUCGCUUUGGCUACAUGCCUAACAGGCGCGCUGGCUGGAGGGAAUAGUCCGGCUGAAAGGAAUAAUUCGACUGUUCCGGUCAGUCUGACAGUCGCAACGGAGGGUGGUAACAAGUCGAGUCCGCUUCUCUAUGGAGUUAUGUUCGAGGAAAUGGACCAUUCUGGCGAUGGUGGAAUCCAUGGACAAUUGCUGCAGAACAAUGGAUUCCAAGGAACUAGUCUGGGUUUGACUGCCUACGCUCCGGUAGGGAAUGUGACAAUCCUCCAGGAUACCUCAAAGCCUGUCAGCAAAGCAAUUACGUCUUCACUCAAUGUUGAAGUACCGGAUGGGGUAAAAGACUAUGUUGGCUUUGCCAAUACCGGUUACAACGGAAUUCCAGUCACGGGCGCCACAUACAACUGUUCAUUCUGGAUGAUGGGUACCUACUCGGGGACUAUCAACCUGCAGCUUGUUGGGUCGCAUAGUGGCUCGAUAUAUGCCGAUCACAACUUGACUGUGAAGAGUACGGAUACAAAAUUCACCGAAUUCAAAACCAGCUUCGACACCACUUAUGCACCAGAAGGAACCAAUGAGUGGCAUUUGACAUUCGAUGGAUCGAAAGUUGCCGGUAGCUCGUUGAACUUUGGCUUAAUCCAGCUAUUUCCUCCCACUUUCAAAGGAAGAGAAAAUGGGUUACGAGAUAACCUUGCAUUGUUUCUGGACGAGGUCAAUCCGGCAUUUCUCCGGUUCCCGGGCGGGAAUAACCUCGAAGGUUUUGAAGUUGAUUCUCGAUGGAAGUGGAACACCACGAUUGGACCCGUGGUCGACCGUCCAGGAAGAGAAAGUGACUGGUUUUACCCGAACACUGAUGCCCUCGGGCUGGAUGAGUAUCUAUGGUGGUGUGAAGAUAUGAAGAUGGCGCCACUACUAGCUGUGUGGUCAGGAAAGUCCUAUGGCCAAAUUCUCUCCGGGCCAGACCUCGAACCUUUCGUCGAGGAUAUCAUGAAUGAAAUGGAAUAUCUCUUUGGCGACUCGUCGACACAUUAUGGCAAACUGCGAGCCCAGAAUGGCCGGAAAGAUCCAUGGAAUGUUGACCUCAUUGAAAUUGGCAACGAAGAUGACCUCACCCGGGGUUGUGACACCUAUCCGGAUCGUUUCAAUCAAAUCUACAAAGCCAUCCACGACAAGUACCCGAACAUCACGCUUGUUGCUUCCCACGGGGACUAUUCUUGUCUGCCAUCUCCGCUUCCCCAAAAUGUCAUCAUUGAUCUGCACCUGUAUAGAGCACCGGACGACUUUGUCAAAUUGUUCGACCAGUUUGAUAAUCAGCCGCGCAAUCAAUCAGUGAUGAUUGGUGAGUUUGGGUGUCGCAAUACUACAAAAGAGACAGGGACAUACUGGUCAUACAUGCAGGGCAGCUGCAGUGAGGCCGUGUACAUGAUUGGAAUGGAGCGCAACAGUGAUAUUGUCAAGAUGGCGGCUUAUGCACCCUUGAUGCAACACUUCGAUUAUGUCACUUGGUCGCCCACCCUAUACGGUUUCAAUUCAGCUCCCGACUCUAUCACACCUUCGGUUUCAUAUUUUGUCCAAAAGAUGUUCGCAUCCAACAAGGGUGACACCAUCCUUCCAGUUGACUCAUCAACAGGAUUUGGACCUGUUUACUGGGUGGCUUCGAAGACAGGUUCACAAUACUACUUGAAACUGGCAAAUUAUGGUCCCGAACAGCAAAAUGUCAAAGUGAGUAUACCAGGAACCAAAACUGGUAAACUGGAAAUGCUUGCUGGCCCUAAGCACCAGGGUGACACGCCUUCCAACGUGCAAGUCCAAACCGUCGUCACCAGUGCGUUCAAUGGGCAAGGUAACUAUUCAAUUAACAUGGAUCCUUGGGCUGUCGCUGUUCUGGUAGUCUCAUGA